AUGAAGGUUUCGACGUUGAUCCUACCAGCUUUGGCGUCCGCCGCACUUGUGGCUGCUGCACCAGCAGGCGCUCCACUCGUUGAGUCGAAUAAGCUUCGAAGAGUUCUUUUACGGUCGGAGUUGAAGGCUCGAGCCCAAGAGCUUCAGGCCAUUGCCACUGCUAAUAAUGGAACCCGUGCUUGGGGUACACCUGGUCACUGGGACACACUAACCUGGAUCGAGUCGCAUGUGGAUAAGAACUACUACAAGGUUGAGAGACAAUACUUCAACAUCACCAGGCAAAUCUUUGACGACGUUUCCGUCAAAGUUGAGGGUGUUCCAUUCUCCGGCGUUAAUGGAAUGACUGGUAGCCCCAAUGGAACCGUCUCUGCCGAUAUCCUUGCUAUCCCCAACUUCGGAUGUGUCGCAUCCGACUACCCUGCCUCCGUUGCUGGAAAGAUUGCUCUUGUCCACCGUGGAAGCUGCAACUUCGGCUUGAAGAACGCCCUCGCUGAAACAGCUGGUGCAGCUGGUCUCGUCGUUUGGAACAACGACCCAACCUCUCUCCAGCCCACCUUGGGAGCUCCAGCAGAUUACAACGUUACCAAGUUCAUUGUGUCCGCUUUCAUUACACAAGCUGAUGGACAAGCCCUUGUUACCAAGCUUGGAACUGGCACCCUCCCAGCAACUGUUGCAAACGUCUUCCAUGAGGAAAUCGGCCUAACUGCAAACAUCCUCGCUACCACAAAGGGUGGUGAUCAGAACAAGAUCAUUAGCGUCGGUGCCCAUACCGACUCCGUCAAGGCUGGACCUGGUAUCAACGAUAACGGGUCCGGUACCAUUGCUCAGAUUGAGGUUGCUAAGGCUCUCACCAAGUUCUCUGUAAACAACGCCAUUCAAUUCUCUUGGUGGUCUGCUGAAGAAGAUGGUCUUCUUGGAUCCAGGUAUUACACUUCCCACCUCCCAGAGGAAGAGGCAGCCAAGGUCGUCAUGAAUCUUAACUUCGACAUGUUGGCUUCCCCCAACUACCUCUACGCUAUCUACGACGGAGAUGCUUCCGCUUUCCCAUCCCCUUACGCUACCAAUGGCUCCGCCUUGAUUGAGAAGACUUUCAUCGAUUUCUUCGUCGAAGAUGGCAAGAAAUCUGUUCCCACUGCCUUCGACGGUCGAUCUGACUACCAAGGCUUCCUUCAAAUCGGUGUCCCCGCUGGUGGUGUCUUCAUGGGUGCCGAAGGAAUCAAGACUGCCGAAGAAGCUACCUUGUUCGGUGGUGAGGCUGGCAAGCCAUACGAUGCAUGCUACCAUCAGGCAUGCGAUGAUGUCAACAACCUUGACUACGGUGCAUUCAUCACCGGCACUAAGAGUAUGGCUGACGCCGUCGCUAAGUACGGACGAAGCAUCGCCGGCUUCCCAUUCCCAAGAGCUGCUGCUAAGCUCCUCCCACGUGGAUCUUUGGCUGAGGCUAUGGUCCCCAACCCUAGCCUUACCAAGCAUGCCAGACAUGGUGGUUGCGGUAAGGCUUUGGAGGCUUAA